UUCGCAGGUUUUGCUUCCCCACUCUAGAACCGGAUCACCAUGGCGACUGGACAGAAGUUGAUGAGAGCGAUUCGAGUUUUUGAAUUUGGUGGCCCAGAAGUGCUGAAACUCCAGUCGGAUAUUGCAGUACCAAUUCCAAAAGACCAUCAGGUUGUGAUCAAAGUCCACGCGUGUGGUGUAAACCCAGUGGAAACAUAUAUUCGUUCUGGUACUUACAGCAGAAAACCACUCUUACCCUAUACUCCUGGUUCAGAUGUGGUUGGCAUAAUAGAAGCCAUUGGAGAUAAUGUAUCCACUUUCAAGAAAGGUGACAGAGUUUUCACUACCAGCACCAUCUCUGGGGGCUCCGCCGAGUAUGCUCUCGCAGCAGAUGACAGUGUUUACACACUGCCAGAAAAACUGGACUUUCAGCAAGGAGCUGCCAUCGGUAUUCCAUAUUUUACUGCUUAUCGAGCUCUGCUCCACAGUGCCCGUGUGAAAGCAGGAGAAAGUGUGCUGGUUCAUGGGGCUAGCAGAGGAGUUGGACUAGCAGCAUGCCAAAUUGCCAGAGCUUAUGGCUUAAAGGUUUUGGGCACAGCCAGUACUGAGGAAGGACAAAACAUUGUUUGGCAAAAUGGAGCCCACGAAGUGUUCAGUCACAGAGAACUUAAUUAUAUUGAUAAAAUUAAGAAAUCUGUUGGUGAAAAAGAAAUUGAUGUGAUCAUUGAAAUGUUAGCUAAUGUAAAUCUUAGUAAUGAUUUGAAUCUUCUGUCAUAUGGAGGACGAGUAAUAAUUGUUGGCAGCAGAGGUCCUAUUGAAAUAAACCCACAGGACACCAUGGCAAAGGAAUCUAGUAUAACUGGAGUUGCUUUCUAUUCAUCAACUAAGGAGGAAUUUAGGCAAUUUGCAGCCGCCCUUCAAGAUGGAAUGGAAAUUGGUUGGUUGAGACCUGUAACAGGUUCUCGGUAUUCACUGGAGAAGGUGGCCCAGGCUCACGAAAAUAUCAUCCAUAACAGUGGGGCUAGUGGGAAAAUGAUUCUUCUCUUAGAAUGAUUAAUUCUUUCAUGUAUUUCCUAUGCAAUUAGAGGUUUCCUGUCCCAGUUUUACUUACACUACCUUUGCUCUAAUCAGCAUUCGUUUGAUUCAGUGAGUUUCUUAUAUUAAAAAACAAGAUUUAUCUUUAGAGAUGUGGGCAUUGGAGUACAAUUUAUUUUAUAGCUCACAAUAUUCUUUAUGCCUCCCACCUACCUCUAAUCAAGGAGUCAUCACAGUAGGAAAUAGAAUGUCAGUAGUCAUUUGGCAUUGGGUGUGUUACAGAAACUCCCAGUACUUGAUCAUUAAUUCCAUACCUUUGGCUAAAACAAGCUAAUUCAAAAUAAGUCUGUGUGAUUUCCAAGCCUACUUUUCCUUGUAAAGGUUCUUUAGUAUCUGAUUAACUCAGAACAGUAUUGGACUCUGAAGAUUUUCUGGACUAAAUAAGACCCCUUUUCUAAGCUAAUCUCAUCUGGAUCUACAAAUCUCUUGCAAGGGCAAGAUAAACAAUGUCCAGAGAAAUUUGUUUUUUAACAAAUAGUUUUCCACUAUUUCCCCAAUAUUAGAACAUCCACUGUGUUGAUGGUUGA